GAACACCGGAUACGUACGUAGAAGAGGGCUCCAAUGGCGGCGAGGCACGGCGGGGCAUUCGCCCUCGUUGCGCUGUGCUUGCUGGAGCUCGCGCUGCUAGGCGCCGGCGCCGGGGACGGGGAGCCGCUCGUGCCGGCCAUGUUCGUGUUCGGGGACUCCACGGUGGACGUCGGCAACAACAACUUUUUGCCGGGCUGCUCGGACGACUGCAGGGCCAACUACGCGCGCUACGGCGUCGACUACCCCUCCCACGCGCCCACCGGCCGCUUCAGCAACGGCUACAACCUUGCUGACCACAUAGCUCGAUUUCUUGGAUUCGCCGAGAGCCCACCAGCAUACGGAUCCCUGCCGCCCGAGGGAAUCAUUGAACAGAUGAGGAGCGGAAUCAACUUCGCGUCAGGAGGCUCAGGACUGCAGGAUGUAACGGGCAAAGCACUUUGUGGGCAAGUGCACAGCAUGAGCGACCAGCUCGACAGUUUCGCGUCGGUCGUCCAGAUGCUGGGGAACUGCUCGUCAGACCUCGUCUCCAGGUCGCUCGUCUUCAUCAGCGUCGGCAGCAACGACCUGUUCGAGUACGUCGGCGGCAACGCCACCUCGUGCCCUAACCGCAACGACACCGCCUUCCUGCAAGGCCUCGUCGCCGCUUACCGGAGCUACCUGCAGGAGCUGUACGCAGCCGGGGCGAGGAAGUUCAGCAUCGUGAGCCCGUCGCUGGUGGGGUGCUGCCCGUCGCAGAGGUCCGCCGGGUGGCUGAAGGACGACCUGGACGGGUACUACUGCUUCGGCACGGCCAACAGACUCUCCAGGCAGCUCUACCGCAUGCUGCUCUCGAUGCUUCAGGACCUGAGCGCCGGCCUCGCCGGCAUGAACUUCUCCAUCUGCGACUCCGCCGCCAUGGCCGACUCCGUCUUCAACAGCACCGGCUCAUCAUCUAAUGCUAUGAAUGUGGUGGACACGGGGUGCUGCGGCGGCGCGGGGAUCUUGGGACUGGCCAAGUGCGACAAGUCGGCGACGCUGUGCCCGGACCGCGCCGCCUACCUCUUCUGGGACGGCUUCCACCCGACGGAGACGGCGUCGGCGGUGGCCGCGCUGGCGCUCUUCGCCGACUCGGGGCGGUACGUCCACCCCAUCAACAUCACCAGGCUGGCGGCGCUGUAGCCUGUAGCCGUGGAGAAAUAGCUGCAAAACGGUCUGGCCGGCCACCUGCGACGCCGUGUCUUGUUGGUGCCGGUGAAAUAAGUAGUGGUGUCUGGUGUGGGACUACAGAGUGUCGGGAUUGGGAGAUGGGUUAUACUGUAGAUGAGGAGUUGAGGUGGCCUCGACAAAUGUCGUGUAUCGCUCGUUGUGUUCGAGAUGAGCGUGGGUAUCUUCUACAGUUUCGCGUGACUUUGGUUUUUUUUUUUUCCUUUUGAAAACAAAUAUUCGGGUAUACACACAAUUUGUACUAACCAUUUCAAAAUAUGCAAGUUGCGUCCGAGGACUCCUACACUUUUAUAAAGAAUCAAUACCAUAGUAUAUUUAUGGGUGUGAC